AUGGCGGCUGGGCUCCUGCCCCUGCUCCCGCUGCUGCUGCUGCUACCGGGCCGGGGGCCGCCGGGGGCCCUGGGCAACCGGCACGCCGUGCACUGGAACAGCUCCAACCCGCACCUGCGGCGGGAGGGCUACACGGUGCAGGUGAAUGUCAACGACUACCUGGACAUCUACUGCCCGCACUACAACGCCUCGGUGCCCGAGCACCGGCUGGAGCAGUACGUGCUGUACAUGGUGAACGCGGAGGGGUACCGCACCUGCAACACCAGCCAGGGCUUCAAGCGCUGGGAGUGCAACCGGCCCCACGCACCCCACAGCCCCAUCAAGUUCUCAGAGAAGUUCCAGCGCUACAGCGCCUUCUCACUGGGCUACGAGUUCCGUGCGGGGCAGGAGUACUACUACAUAUCCACGCCGACACACAACCACCGCCGGGCCUGCCUGAAGAUGAAGGUGUUUGUCUGCUGCGCCUCCACGUCGCACGCCGGGGAGAAGCUGGCGCCCACCCUGCCCCAGUUCACCCUGCGGCCCGAGGUGAAGAUCGAGGACCUGGAAAACUUCAACCCGGAGAUGCCGAAGCUGGAGAAGAGCAUCAGCGGCACCAGCCCCAAGCGGGAACACUUGCCCCUGGCCGUGGCCGCCGCGCUCUUCCUCAUGACUCUGUUGGCCUCGUAG